GAAGAGAGUCAGCUGGGCAUUGGUGAAGUGGAGCGGUUCGAAGUGAAGUUUCUUCACGAAGAAGAGCAGGACCAUCUACUACAGAGGGAUUCUGAUGGCACUCCGUACAUAUGGCUCCGGGUUAGAAACCAUGAGAAUAACCUGUUCAGGCCUAUCUACAUCACAGGGCCAUUUUCUCUGUACAUAGAUGUGACACCGCACAACUAUUCUCAUCUGGCGGACUUCAAAGAGGUGAUACAGUACGACGACGACGUUAAGCCGGGUCAAUCAUUCAAGGCAAAGCUUUACCUCUCGGAGAGUAGUAGGAUAGAUUGCACAAACUGGUACGGUUGGACCGUUGAUGUUGUCUCCCAGCUCACCCUUGCCACUGCUUUCCACAUUGCGUUCCGUUUUGGGCUUGCCUAUGAUUAUGACACGUUGCGAAGAUACAAGGGAACGGAGGUUGCAUCGCAUCAGACAUCACUGAACAAAUGCCAAGUGACUAAAUUCAAUACGCAUGACUUGUGGAACGCUGCACCGUCAGUACCUGAGAAUCCAUCACACUUGGUGAUGAUAACUCAUGGCAUUUUCUCAAACAUUGGCGCUGAUAUGCUCUAUCUACGAGAUCAAAUCCUCAAGACGUCAUCUCCGGAAAGCAAUGUCAUAGUGAGAGGGUUUGAUGGAAAUGUCGGUAAAUCAGAUCACGGAAUACGAUAUCUGGGUAAAAGAGUUGCGGAAUAUACUAUGCAAGUAUGCAAAGAAUCACGGUACGAGAUUGACAGGAUUUCCUUUGUUGGCCACUCAUUAGGUGGUCCAGUACAAGCAUACGCAAUCACGUACAUCGUCAACAAGGACCCCAAGUUCUUUGAUAAGAUCAAACCCCAGAAUUUUAUAAUCAUGGCAAGUCCGAUGUUGGGGAUUACAGAAUUCCCCAAGUUUGUCUCAAUGGCGCUGGAUGUUGGUCUGCUGGGGAGAACAGGGAGGGAUCUCAUGCUAAGGCAUAAAUUUCCAUCUCUUAUCAACAAAUCGGAAGAUGCAGAAAGCCAUAGAUCAUUAACGUCGAAACCUGUGAUGGAACAAAUUAUGACAAGCAAGAGUGCUCAUAAGGUCUUUGCACAGUUCAGCAAUAGAACCCUAUACGCAAAUGCUAUUAACGAUGGAAUUGUGCCCUUGAGAACAUCUGCACUCUUGUAUCUGGAUUGGAAGAGCCUUGGUAAUAUAAAGGAACAGAAAGAGAAGUACGAACACAGAACACAAGAUGUUAUACAGCAUGACGAAAACUCCGCUGACAAGUCAUCAUCUAACAGCAAUAAUAACGUUGGGAAUCUACAUAGACGAAAGAAACUGAGGAAAUACAUUCGAACUCAAACCACUGGAUCUCCCAUAAUCAAUGAUGCAAAAGGUGAUGACCCCUUUGCAAGGACUGAAAUUGCCACACCUGAUUCAGAUGCAUCGAAACUAGAGCAAAGUGAAAAUAGUCAAGAUUCCAAUGACGAUCUCUCAAUGAAUAUCCCACCGGUGGCAUCCACCAUCUUGGCUGCUGCCAACGUUCUGAUAUCACCGGAACCAAACCAAGAGUUCUUAUCAACACCUUCUUCAAGGUUCCCAGCAAUUUUUCACGAUAGAAUGUACUCGUAUAAGGAUUUACCUCCACAACACUACACCAGCGUUGAAAAGGUUGCAAAUCCAAUAAAGAAAAUGCUGUUCAAAAAGAAAAGGGCACUACAGGAAUCAAUUGCAAGGUCAUGGCAUAGAGACAUGGAUUGGAGAAAGGUUCUCGUCACUUUAAGACCAGACGCACACAACAACAUCGCUGUAAGACGGAAAUAUGUCAAUGCAUGGGGUUGGGAAGUUGUUGAUCAUAUGGUUAACAACCAUUUU